CCGCCACCGCCUGCUUGUCAACCCGAGCCUCCUCCUCCGCUUACUGUCCCCUCCCAGCGGGUCUCCCUCCCAUUGCCACUGCAGUGAAAGCCUCGGCAAAGGAGAGAGAGAGAGAGAGAGAGAGAUAGACGGGGAAGAGUGCCUCAAGCUGGGUUUAAAGCGAGGACGAGACCUCAGAGAGCACCACAACCAUAUUUUUUGUAUUUCUCGCCACAACUCGGCGGCCUAUCGACUCCCCCCCCUCCCCCUGCUGUACCUCUUUUCCGUACACAUCGCCUGGAUUUCAUCAUCCGACCUGCAAGAUGGGAAAUGAAGCCAGCUACCCCCUGGAGAUGUGCUCGCAUUUUGAUGCUGAUGAGAUUAAGAGGCUAGGAAAGAGAUUUAAGAAACUCGACCUAGAUAACUCUGGCUCACUCAGUGUGGAGGAGUUCAUGUCACUGCCGGAGCUCCAACAGAACCCACUGGUCCAGAGGGUCAUCGACAUAUUUGACACAGACGGGAACGGAGAGGUGGACUUUAAAGAGUUCAUCGAGGGAGUCUCACAGUUCAGCGUCAAGGGAGACAAGGAACAGAAGCUUCGAUUUGCUUUCAGGAUCUACGACAUGGACAAGGACGGCUACAUCUCCAACGGCGAACUCUUCCAGGUGUUGAAGAUGAUGGUAGGCAACAACUUGAAGGACACGCAGCUCCAGCAGAUCGUGGACAAGACCAUUAUCAACGCAGACAAGGACGGAGACGGCAGGAUAUCUUUUGAAGAGUUCUGUGCAGUGGUCGGUGGUCUCGAUAUACACAAAAAGAUGGUGGUGGACGUGUGAGCGCUCCUCCACUUGCUGACACCCCGCCACCACCACCACACACAUACACAUACACACACACACACACACACACACACAUGCACCCCUUCCUCCUCGACAGCCGCUUUCUCCACCAUCUCUGAAGAUCUGCUCGAGACGCCCAGCCAAAUGCUCUCUGUGUAACUCAAUGGAAGUAUUCUCUCUCUCUUCUCGCUCUCUGUGAAGCCACUUUUUCUUUCAAAAACCACAGGCCUCGUGAAGCCAACUUUGAAGUGUUAUUGAACUAGAAAUCCUCUCAGUAACCCGGUCGUAGCACUUUAUGAGACUGAAGGACAUCUAUUUGUCAUUUGCAAGAGCAUCUCUGAUUUUGGAUGAGGGGGGAGAAAGGGGGCGCAGUGGAGAGGCUGGUUGGCUUGUUCAUAUUUCAUAUUUCAUCCUUCCUGUUUUUUUGUUUUUGUUUUUUUUUUUGUUAAUUGUUAUUUUUGAUAUUUAUUUUUUGUUCUUGUCUUUUAUAAAGAAGAAAAAUACAAGUAUAUCUAUGGUUGUCUUGUGAGUGGAAGUGUAUAGUAUUUUAACACUUGACUUACAGUACAACUCAAAAGUAGGGUAUGAAGUGCCAACCAGAACAUAUCCAGAAACCAGUCCAAGUUAUUACCCACCAUCACCACUGUCAUUCAUGCCGGACAGAUAGGCUCGUGAAACUUCCAACUGCGAGUCAUAUAUAAAUUUCUGAUUUUCUGACUUUGUGUCCUCUGUUAAGCUUACAUACAGCAGUUUGGUGUAGAUCAAUAAAAGCUUCCAGUCACUCUUAGAAAGGCAAUUCAUGUUUCUCUUUUUUUUGUGAUAAGAUUUCUAGUUUUACUCAUACUGAAGAAUGUGUUUAUGUUGUUGGAGAUUAUCGUUGUUUUCUGUCAUGAAAUUAAAGGUAGAUGAAUGCCAAGAAAAUGUCUUUCCAAAAUAAUUUGUGGCUCCAAACUGGUUCAUGGUUUACGCUUGAUGAGGCAUUUUGCGUUGGACAGCGUGCAUCUGUAAGACAAUCUGCAAUGCAAAGAAAAGCUCUGCACUCACACUGACAAAUGGACUGAAUUCAUUCAAACUUCUUGCGUUUAAAUGUUAAGAACAGAGGCUGGACAGACGUGGCUACGACCUGAGAGUAAUAGUAUGAGAGUGAAUAAUGGUGAGAUUAUACAUUGUUUGUGCGAGUAUAUAGCAAUUUAAGAGACUUAUCUGCAGGCAGCAUUUCUUAACCAAUAUGUGUAUAUUAGGUAAUCAAUGUGUGCUCAUCUUCCUUAACAGGAAGAGAAGGCUUUGUUUCUGCUUUACAGGAGCCCUUCUUAAUACUUAACUUUUCUUAGUACAGCGCAGGACGGGUCUGUUUUCUUUAAAGCACCACAAACACUUAAACGCGUUGGUAUGAUCAGCGUGCAGUGGGAGAGGCUGUAUAAUGUAGUUUUUUUUUUUUCUCUUUUUUCCCAAAGUGUACAUUUCAAAAGUUGGCUUCUUCUUCCACUUUUUUCCGUCACAAUCACCUCAUUUUCUCCCCCUCCCACCCACUAAUGCGAACAGGGAGAAAAACAAAUUCAACCAAAUUUUAAUUUCUAUGGGGAAAAAUGCUUCCCACUAUAAACUGCAUCAGGAUAGCUUUUUCUUUUGCUUUGGAGGCCGACUGCUGGUUUGAACAGGAGUUUUCGGUCAGAGAUGUGACUCUGGAGUGCUCUGUUGUCCUUUUAUCCCAAAGCUCUGCACGGCUUGGGCCUCCCUGUGCUUGCAUGACAUGGAAAUAUAUUUUUUGUUGUGCAUGUAGAUCAAUUUUUGAAAUAAUCCUCUUGUUUACACAUGGAUGGUGAUGUUAAUAUAUUUAAAAAUUUAAUGGUAUACAAUAUGGAUGUUGCCAAACUUUGGUAAAUGUACACAUAUUAUGAGAGGUAAUCCAAAUGAACUGAACUACAUAUAACUUUUUGUAUUUUACCCGGGUCAGCAAGAUGCUUCUAUUCCAGUAAAAGUUGCAUAUCUGAUCCUGUCUCAAACUGCCACACACUGUACUCAGCUUAAAGGGGAAAAUUUGAUGUUUUUUUUUCCUUUCUUUUGUAUAUAAGUAUUUGUUAAAUGCAGUUCUGGCUCUCUGUUCUCUGUAUAGUUCAGACCACGCUUUAGUUUGUAAGAGCUACCUUUUCUCUGAGGGACUUUUUAGUUUGUGUGGGGAUAUCUGAGAAGAUUUAAGUUUGAGAACCAUUUUUUUCCUUUUUCUGCAUGCUGCAUCUUAUGCUGUGGGACUGUUGGAAACUUGAUACUGUAUGAAAAUUAAAUAAAAUUUAAAUAAACUUUGAAAUGUUGAAAGUAAAA